AUGGUUAUGAAUUUAACCGGUGUAAAUAAUUUAAUAAAAAUUCGAGCAUUAAUGGAAAAGUUAAAUAAUGAUCAAGAUAAAGUUAUUAAUAAAUCAUUUGAAAAAAAACAACAACAAAAGGAAACUGAAGAUUAUUUGCAAAAUGACGAAGAAUUAAAUUCCAAAGCUAGCGUUUCAAGUGAUGAUAAAAUUGAGAAAAAAAAAGAACAGAAGGAUGGUGAAGAGGGCAAGGAUAAGGAUGAUGUGAACGAUAUAGUGAAUAAUAUGGCGAGUGAUGUGGUGAAGGAUAUGGUGGAUGUGAUGAAAAAUGAUGAGGCAAAUGAUGAAAAGGAGAAAGAAUCGUCACCUGAAAGGAAUCAUAAGUCACCACAAAAAAAAAAAUCUGACAAAACUUCAAUAGAUCAUUCUUUGAAUUCUGAAAUCGAAUGA